AUGGAAUCUCCACACAAACAGUGGAUACUUUGCAACGGCUGUGCUUCAGAUGGAGAAGAGGGGCUUCAGGUCAUUGAGUGGAAGCAAAGAAGGAGCGAGGGAUAUCGGGAGGUCGUUCGACUGUUAAAGAAAAGCAUCCCAAAAGGCCGUGGUGUCAUUCUCAUUCUUGUUACAUCCCACGAUGACGUGUUCAUCGAAGCAUCUGAAGAGCUGUUGCUAAAAUUUAAGAACCAGUGGCUCAUGAUUGCUGAAUCCAAAAGAUUUGCUGAUGCUUGGGUUGAAGGCCUUAAGAAAAGGAACAUGAAUAUAGACGAAAACAGAUGCAUCUAUAAAUUUUCGUUCUUUGAGAAGUCUUCUGUGAAUAAGGUCUGUGACCUGAGUUUGAAAACCGAGGAAAAUUUCUACAAAGGUAACAGUGCCACCUGGUGGAACUUCUACUUCCAAGGUCAUGUGUGCCGACGAGAAAGAUAUGAACGCCUUCUUGCAUAUACUAGGGAAGAACUGAAGAAUGAAUAUGCCGUCGAUCAUCAAAAUUUCAGGAAUGUUGAAAUCUACCAUCACCCAGGUGCAGGAGGAACUACAGUUGCCAUGAAUGUUCUUUGGGAUCUGAAGUCGGCGUACAAAUGUUGUCGGGUCAAAAGAAUCACCAAAGAAACUGCACGACAGAUCUUUCAGCUAUACGAACUCGGGGAGAGUCAGCGUGUUUAUAGAAGCCCUGUGCUUGUAAUGCUGGACAAUGAAGAUGAGGAAAAGGUUGGCAGUCUCAAGAAGUUUAUUGAUGAAGAAUGUGACAGAAGGGGAUUAAAUACAGUUGUGUGUGUCUUUUUGUCAUGCCUUCGGAGGAUGAAUUUGUCUGAGGAGCAUGAGAGGACAAAUGUAGUCCUAACUCAGAAACUUAGCCAGCGUGAGGUCCAGUUCUUUCUGGACAAGUAUGAAACACUUAAACAGAAAUUCACUGACAGUAAAGGCGGGACUAAUCCCGAUAGCCUCCUUGGACUCAAUAUUAUGAAGGAAAAUUUCAAUGAAGAUUACAUAGAAAGGACAGUGAAAAUGCUGCUUGAAGAGUUUCAGGAAGGAAAAGAGAAGACGGUCUUGAAGUAUGUCGCACUGCUAAACCAUUAUGAUCUUUCAUUCCAAGGUAUUCCACUCUCCUGCUUUGAUCCCCUCAUGGUCCAUGAUUCUCCCAAAGUUUGGGAUGUGCAUAUGCCAGCCUAUCCUCUGUUGACUUUUACUUACAACAUGCACCUAUCUGGAAGAACAAAGUGUCUUCGGAUCAGCUGCCAUCUUCUUUGCAAAUAUAUAUUAGACAUCAGUUUGGACAAUGGACAGUCUCAUGGUGACUUGAUGGAGGAGUUUCUCUGGGGUCCUAUCAUCCAGAGGUCUAAACGUGAUGUUGCAUAUCGGGAGCUUCUUCGUAUUGUGAACGAAAUUAUGAAAAAGAGAUGCUGGGCUGAUGACAAGACAAGGUCAAAAUUCUCUCCUUUCAUACAGAGCCUGAUUGCUGAAGACAAGUACGAAAGUGCUGCCAAAUGCAUGGAGCUCGUCUUUGAACAUACAGAUGACCCCAUGCUUGCCCAACAGAUGGCUCGCUUUUUCAGCAGCUGUAACAAUUGGGAUAAUGCAGUAAAAUGGGCUGAUAAAGCCAUCGAAAAAUUGCCACAGAAUUGCUACCUGCUGGACACCAAAGGACAAAUUUCAAAGUCCCGUCUUUCUGAGCUACUGAAGGAAUGUGAAAGAAAUAGAGGCUCAGCCAACCCUGAGAUACUACAGGAGGCUGUAAGAUAUGCACAGCAAGGUCUUUCUGAUUUCAGUGACGAACAAAGAGUGUGUUGUAAGGAAACUUUUGUUGCACCCAAUAUGGCAGGUUGCUUUGGCCAGAUGGAUAUAAUUAUGCUUCUUGUAAAGAUCUUAAAAUGCUGCUGUGUCUUUCAGUCAGCAUCAGCACUACAAAGAUUCUUUUCAGACAGGGAGUUCAUUCCAGAAAAUCUAAAAAUAAUCAGAGAACAUGUACUAUGGUUGAAAUCCAUCCAAGAGCAUGCCAUUCAAGCCUUAAGAUCAGCAGAAGAUGGCGUGGAACUGUAUUCAGGAAAUGAGUAUGGGCAUUCUGCACAUUCAAUAUUUCUAAGUGAAGGUAAUCUUGAUCGUUACAGAAAUCUUCUGAAAAAUCUUUUUGAUGAAGAUGAUUUGCUUAAGAUGGAUGUACAGAAAAUGAAUCCUGGACAAAGGAGGAGAUUGGUUUGUAAACUUGGGGGAUAUUCAUUAUUCAGCAUAAUGAAAAUAUACAGAGAACGGAAUGGUAGAAAAAAUGUUUUCUUCAUAAACAAACUCAUGACCUUAAAUUUAGAACGUUCAAACUGGAACAGAUUUGAUUUGAGCAUGGCUCUUGCCUCUGCCAUUUGUCUGUGUAGCGAUAUUGGCGACCCAUCUGAACAAAAACCCUAUCUCAGCUCUGUCCUAAAGUGGUCAGCAGAAUUAUGCAGAAUAAAAGAACAGCAGGAAUACAUAGACCUUGAUCCUUUUGUGUACUUUCUUGUUUUCUAUUGGCCAUCUCCAAGCAGAACGCUUCUUGAUUGUCAUCCACAAAAGCUUUAUAGAAUGAUGAAACAGGCAGAUGAUGCAUUUAAAAAGAAACUGCAGCAAGUCCCUGGAUGUAGAAAGAGAAACCUGCCACUAUUCUUUCUCACUAAACUCCCUGCAGAUAAUAGUAUUGUAUCCCGAGAAAGGCUGGCAGCCUUGGCAGGCACAGACUUCAGGGGAGUCCACAGAGUAAAUAGGCUGUUGAAGUCGCCACAAGCAUUGAAUCUACUGGAAAGAUUUUCUGGGGUACUAGACAACACUGGCUGGAACGUGAAAGUCAUGCUGGAAGAUAGGCAAGGGAAGAAGAUGGACUUAAACAUUCCUGUUUUCACAAGAGAGAAUAAACAGAGGAUGAUUGUGUCUUUUGUUCUUGGCUUUGGCCCUGGAGGACCGAUUGCAUGUGACAUUGAUUCCAGCCCUCCACAUCAAUGUGAUGAUCAACAGGACCAUUAUACCACACAUCCUUUUGGUCCAAGACAGUUUUACCCAGAGUCUCCUCGAUCACAUCCAUGUGAUGAUCAACAGGACCAUUAUACCACACAUCCUUUUGGUCCAAGACAGUUUUACCCAGAGUCUCCUCGAUCAGUAGAAGCCUAUGACAUUGAUAAGAUAAUGCAAGAAAUUUGGGAAGUAAGGGCUAUCAUUGCAAGCAGAUCAUCACUUACAAGAGAAGAGCGCAACAGAGUCAGGAAUUUGCCAGCCUUGGAAAGAAUCAUACAAAGGCACCGUGGCAGCAUCAGAUACUAAAAGCAUGCAGAAUCAACAGUGAAUGGGCAACCCACUCAGUGAUACAACAGACAUUUAUUCUUUUCUAUUAACGAAUUGUGAUGCAGUAUGCAUGACCAUUCUUUACUUUUCUUCAUUUAUCUGGUGUAAUAAAAGUUUGAUGGAUCUUGAACAAUUCAUCUUGCUGAAAACAUCAUGUCAAUUUCUUUCAAAAAUGUAUUUUUAGCAUAAUUUUUUAUGACAUAAAAUAUAGGCAUUAUAAUAUAAAUCCAGAAAAAAUGUCUGUUCUUCCAGAAUGUAUUAUUUUUUAUUUGUAUUUCAACUUAGUGCUCUGCACCAUAAUCUUUACUUAGGAAAGGCUGCCAACAGAAGACAGAGGUUAAUUAGGCUGAAAUGAACACCAUAAUAAAGAUUGUUUGACUAUGAUGUCAAAGCAUAAAGCUGUGAUACUUUUUGACCAUAAGAAUUUCUUGUAUAUGUGACAGAACAUUUUCUAGCACUCUCUUAUGAUGAAACUUCUAUUGGGUCUCAUUGUGACUCAGUAAGGCAUGGUAGGUGAUACCCAGUUCAAAGGUCACAGAAUGAAGCACAGCCAAAGCUUAACUUUAAAUUUUUUGCUUUUAAGCUAGUAAUGGCCAAGAUUGGUUGACUUUAUUUUAAGGUUACAUGACUAACAUGAGCUGCAGAUUCCUCAUUUUAAAAAUUCUAUACGUGUGUUAUUCUUUUGUUUUACUGCAACAGAUGUUAUAUAAACCCUUUGCAUCUUCACAAUUAUAAUUUUUUUUUGAGGUGGUGGAGGGGGCAUGGAUUGUGGGGAUAUUGACAUCAGUUUCUUCAUUUGCUGAUGUACCAUGAUAUCGUACAAGCAGUGUGCAUGCAUAAGCACAUGGAGGUGCACUCUCUUUCUCUGUCAAUGUUAUUUCACAUUCAGAUUUUUUUCCUCCCCUUUAAUGUCCAGUAUUCAAAAUAAGAUAACCACCAGUUUCAUAUUUAUUUAAAAAGUAUUAAUUUUGUGAGAAAUUUUAAAAUACUAAUUGUAGACUUCUUGCUUCCAUCAUUUUUCUAUACUACACCUCUCCGAUAGGUAAGUAGGUGAAUGGUGCGUGUAUAAAGAGAACUGAAACAUGAUGCAUUAAAAAGCAGAAAAUUGUGUGUGUGCAUGUUAAAAUUCAAUUUAUAAACUUUGUUAUCUGGUUGCAAAAGUAUCUGUUUACAUGUAUAUACUUUCUGUUAGCUGUGCUGCUUAACAUGCAAUUGCUCAAUACAAAGAAUAUAGCUAAUUCCUGGACAAGAUUUACCAAUUUAUGCUGUUUUCUUUUAUUGUUUUUCCCUUCUUAAGUUAUCGCUCGGACCCUAAAAUAAAGGCAGCUAAUUCUUUUUUCUUCUCUCCAUUCCCUUAAAACUUGUGGUUAAGCAUCAACGAUCCAUGCAUACAGACUUGUAUUCUCAAACAUUUGCAGUCAUUUUUACUGCAUCAAAUUUUAUUUUCUGCUAUCAGGUGUAUUUCAAAGUUUAAUUUAACCUGUUAUCUUACUACCUGCCUUCUUGUCUUUUCAUUGGGGAGAUGGGGUUCUUGGGUGCAUGGAGGAAGGGCUAAAGGGGGUGAGGGAUAGAAGAGGUCUGGUAAAUGUGUAGGCAGGGGAGGUGCUGUAGAUGGUGCCCUCUUACAUUUGUUGCUACCUACCUAGUGUUGGGUCCAGGUGGCCUCCAAAGUCCAUCCUGUUUGCAUUCAAUUCAGGUUGCCAGAUCACUGUUGCAAUUCCUAUUUUCUAGCAAGGGUUUAUUUUGGUUUGUUUUUUUAUCAAUCUGUAUUAUGAUAUAGAUACACUCCUGUAUUUUUUAUUUUACUUACCUACAUUAAUACUAAUAUGCUUUCAUUAAUACUAGAAGUGUUUGAAAGGAGCCUCAUAUACAUAUAUUGGAGAUAAAUGGCUAGCUGUUUUCUAGCAGUAUUUUUAUUUCAUUUAUGGUCAUUCAUUAAUAUUAUCUUUAAAGAGUUUUUAAAUAUUUACUUUUUAGAUAAUAUAUAUGUUGUUAAGUAUAUGCUCUUUAGUUUGUUUAUACGAAUCUACCAAAGACAUGAUUAUGUUUGUUUGGUGAGGUGAGGCAGCUGUAUAUGUUAAAUAUCAGUUUAUAUUUAAGAUCAUCCUGAGUUUUUCUCUUUCUUGCGUGUUUUCAUUACAUUCUAAUAGCAUGUGUGAUGUGCUGAGUCAAUCAUCACAUGUUUCUAUAAUAGGAUCUUUAUACAUAGCAACACAUUUUCCAUUAUAUCUCAUUGUGGAUAUUUGAUUUGUACACUGUAUAGCCUUGUUAGGUUGGUAAUCUAUCAAUUUCCUCAUUCCUUUACCAUCAUUUUUUCCCCCUCAUUUUCUGGACUAUAUGGUCAUGCUAGUAGCUGCAGCUGACAGGCAAUCAGACACCCUAGUGAAGGUCUAACCUCUGUGAUUAAUUUUUUCGUUUUUGCAUUAUUUCCACCAUGUGCAGCUGUGUGCCAUGUUACUCACAUUGUUUACUCACAUAGUUACAUUUUUCUAAUGUACAUUGAAAAAUGUACUUUUUUUUCCCUCGGAUAUCCAUCUUGCACAUGAUCGAAUCAAUACCCCUUCUUUAAUGAGUAAGUUUUGUUUUAGUCAUUUUCAAGUUAAUUCAUUUCUGUCUCGUUUAAUGUUUUAAUCUUCCAGCAACAAAAUUUUUAUAACAAUCUUUCUCUUUCCUGAUUCCUUUUAUUCGUCUGACUUGCAGAUGACAUCAUUUUCAUUAACAGAGUAUCUAACAUGAAAUAAGAGAAUGCAUGUGGUGCAAGAAAAUGGAGAUGAAAGGGAUUAGUAAAUACACGAUUGUCUGUUCAAUGUUUUACGUAAAUAUGUGCAGGUUUAUUUACUUUUCGAAAUAAAAAAUAUAUUUUUGCACAA